UUCGAUACGCCUAUACUCAUUGCAGUGACCUUGAGGCCGCCCAUGCUCUGGUCAUGAAGAAUCUCGAAAAACGCAUCAUGGAUCCAACGACAGUCAUUCUAUACUUCGAUGGCGCUCAAUGCGAGGAAAAGCUUGCAACCCAUGAAAAGCGCCAGAAUGCUCGAAAAACGGUCAUCGACGCCGCCGACGAUCAUGUCACACUUUCAUGGAUCGCGUAUCCGAAGGCGCACAUAUCAGGAAGCGCCAUUUUACCAAUGUCGAUAAGCAACUCACAAACGCCUUUCGCUGGGAUGUGGAGGCUCGGAACGGACUUGUCCGCUUUCUCGAGAACCACGGAUGGAGGGUCGUGCAGUGUGAUACAGAGGUGGAUGUCAAAAUCGCCACAGAUACCAUGGAAGGAGACAUUGUCAUCAGCGGGGACUCGGACUUUCUCAUUUACCACAGCAUCCCUGUUGUUUGGCGACCAGUAUGUGGUGGCGGUUUCUUGGAGUAUCGGAAAAAUGACAUGUUAUCUGCGCUGGGACUCGAGACGGCAGAGCAGCUUACGGUCUUGGGUGUUGUGUCGACCAAUGAUUACAAUCGCAGUUUGUACGGCCUGGGAUGCGAGAUCAACUAUAAGAUCGUUAAGGAUAUGAAAGCCAAAGGAUCAGACGAUCAGGUCAAAGACGUACCGGCACUAGUGAAAGAAUACCUUGCUGAUGAACGUGUUGUUAUCAAGAACAAACGCGGCAUUACUUUCGACACGAGCAUCAAUGUUUUCGUCCAUCUUCACCAAACUCCGAUCGCGCAUGGCCAACAUGACAAACCAGAUACUACCGCACUUAAGGCGAGAUUGGGGGCAUCAAGGAAAGGUACCAGUACGCUCGCAGCAAGUUUACCGAGCGGAAACAGGCGCAGUUAGCUUCCAGACAGGCAACAAAGAGUGCGUUGUCCCCCGGUUCUCCACCUCGACAUCGAUCCUCUCAAAAGUUCAACAGGUACCGCACCAUCGACCGCCCGCCUCCGAAGGACAGCAAGGAUUCGACUACCACACCUCCUCCUCGCCCUCGCUAUUCCUUUAAAACCAGGACGAAAACAGUAACGCAC